AUGGGAACCCGCGGUUACUACGUGCUUCGCUAUCGGAACUUUUAUUUCGCCAAAUACAACCACCAUGAUAGUUAUCCGGAAGGGUUCGGUCUAGAGGUGCUUCGGGCUAUACGACAGUCUAAUGCCCUUGCAACCCAGCGGCAGAUGUUGGGAGAGAUGCUGGACAAGUUAGAAAGCACUUCGGAAUCAAUAUCAGACGAUUCAAAUCCCAUCGACGGGACCCCCUCUCGGCGGCGACCAAUCAAUGAUAUCAUGAUCGAGUGGAUCUACGAGGUCGACCUUGAUCACAACAUCUUCCAUAUAAACGGGAUGCCUUUUUUCUCCUUGGAAUGCCUUCCAGAUGAUGACGAUUUUCUCGAAUACAUCUCCGAAGAUCAUUACGGCUACUUAGCUUGCGCAUCAGAGUGCCCCCCUGAGCACAAGUACAAGAAGUCAGGCCCGCCGGUUGUCGAUAAUUCAGACCUCGCGACGUACCAAUCUUUCAUGUGCACAGGAUCUCACAUGGCUUUGAGCAACCUGCUCGCCAUCAGUGACGUCUUGUCUCCUGACGAGCACGUUCGGGUCUCAUUGUUGGAGGUCAUGAUUGGGACGUGCAUGGUUCGCAUGGGCGAGAUGAUCUACGAGUUCGAGAUCGAAGCAUUCAAUCACAGUCAACUCACAGACUCGGAAUGGUCACUUGCAUGCUUCAUAGCCAGCAUCGCGUUUGUUCCCCAGAUAUUCAACAAGGCUCCAAUCGGGGAGUGGUACCCCGAGCUGAGUAGGGAGGAGUUCACAUGGGUUCGCGAAGACACUGUCAUUCACAUCGCAACACAUCUAGAUGACGAGCGGUGCCUGCAGGCUUCCAUGACACGCCUGAUCAAGGCGAUCUUAGAGCAGAAGGAUAAUCCUGGUGAUUACUUUGGGGUCGCGUUUUCCGUUUACCAUUGUGCAAUCAUCAAAGUAGUCAAAGAUGCACACACAACGACGUUCAGUCAUACGGACGCCCUCCAAUUCCUACCAUCAUUCUUCGCAGAUUCUCCUUCUACUCCAGGCAUCACUGCUCUCGCCCGUCUCGCCUAUCGCGCCGACCCCGCACUCUUUGUACGUGCUUUGAAGGUUUGCCAUUACAAGUGGCGCAUUGGUCAGGGUGACACGCUCGUUCAAGGAGCUGAUAAUGCGCCACCUAACAUCAACUGUCCAUCACUGCCUCUUGAACUUUGGCAAGAGAUCGCUCUUCAUCUCCAUCUCUCCGACCUCCUCACCUUCGGGUUGGUUUCAAAGCUAUGCCGUGAAGCAGCCUCAAUGGUACUUCGCUAUCCCCACAUCUGUGGUUAUCGCCUUGUUGCUAUUCCCAAAGAGAAACUUCCGGAUAGCCACCUCUCUCUACGUGCUGCGGCUUUUUCUGCCGUGCGAUCCAGCGCUCCUGCUGACGUGCUUGUCGGGAUUGGGGAUACACCGGAGGAUGUUGUGAAGAUGCCGCUUAAAGUCGGAGGUUACUUGAUGGGUGUGGACUUUACAGUCGUGACGUCAGGCGGUAUCUCGGACUUUACACGAAAGAAACUUCGUUGGCUAUAG